AACACGACCAAUCGUAAAAAUCCAUCCACUUUUUUAAAAAAAUCAAAAUUAAUAAAUUACCCAUCUCUUAAAAUUCCUGUUCAAUGUCCUUUCACAUUCCCAAUUAUAAAUAUAAUUCUCACUACGUUUCUUACUCUUCUGGGUUUCCUUCAUCUUACUGUUUGAUCAAUCUUUUUUUUAAGUGCUUGUACUGGAGUUAUUGGUUGUUGUUGAUGAUGAUGAUGGAGGGUUCAAGUUCAUCAUUUUUAACUGAUGAGAUAAACGACAGAAUGGCAAGAGAUUCUGCUUUCCUUAAUAAGAUUUUUUCAUGGUCUCUUGAUGACAUCUUCAAUGAUAAUUUUUACACUGAGCAGAUAAAGCAGAUUCCUGAUUCAUUUGAUACAGUUGGAGAGUAUUUUAGUUCUUUUGUUUGUCCUCUAUUAGAAGAGACACGGGCUGAUCUUCGCUCAAGUUUGGAGAUCAUUUCAAGGGCACCAUACGCUGAAAUCGUGUCUUAUGAUAAUAGUAAACGUGAUCCAUUACUGUAUGAUGUUCAUAUAGAUGAAUGGAGGAACAGAUUUAAUGACCGAGGCAAGGAGCCAUACAAAACAUUGCCUGGUGACAUUUUUGUCCUUGUGAAAUCCAGGCCCGAAAGUAUAUAUGAUUUGCAAGUGCUGGCACAAACAUGGGUUUUGGCAUCAGUCACAAAAAUUUCCAAAAAUAACUCAGAAGACGAGACAGACGAUGACAGUUCGUCAACCUCUUUUAAAGUUAAAGCGUCGAAGGACAUAGGGGACAUGGAUGACAGCUACAGCUCUUUUUUCCUGGUAUUUUUGAUGAAUAGCACCACACACAAAAGAGUAUGGAAUGCCCUCCACAUGUUCAAAAAUGUUAGAAUACUCCAGGGAGUUCUGCAACGAAAUACAGCAGAUGAAGGCUGUCAUAAUCUGUGUGGCUCUACUAGUAAUAUUAGAUUGUCAGAAGAUCUUUGUCUGGAAAUUUCUUCCAGUCUGAAUUCCUCACAGUGCGAGGCAGUUUUAGCUUCACUGCAAGCAACACAAUGCGAGCACACGUCUCAGGUUCAACUUGUUUGGGGCCCACCAGGGACAGGCAAAACAAAAACCCUCAGCACACUUCUAUAUUUUCUCAGGAGGAUGAAUGUUAGGACUUUAAUAUGUGCUCCAACAAAUGUUGCCAUCACGGAAGUAGCUGGUCGUCUUUUACAACUAACUAUGAACUCUUCUCCAAGGGAUUCAGCAGAAAAAUUCAACUGUUUGGGAGACAUACUUCUGUUUGGAAACAAAGCACGGUUAAGAGUAGGUUCGUAUAUAGAAGAUAUGUAUCUUGACUAUCGUGUCAAGAGGCUAACAGAGUGUUUUGUGCCUCUAACUGGAUGGAGGAGUUGUUUCCCGUCCUUGUCAAAUUUUCUUGAGGAUUAUGUUUCUCAGUACAAUGUUUACUUGGAGAAUGAGUUGAAUAAAAAGAAGGAACAACCCAUUGAUGACAUUGAUACUGCAGGACAGCCCAUUACUGAAGUUGAUACUGCAGGACAGGUUGAAUCAUUUCUUGUUUUCUUUACAAAGCGGUUCAAGGCUGCUGCAGAACCUGUCAGGCGUUGUAUUUCAAUCUUCUGCACUCAUGUGUCCAAAAGUUACAUUGGAGAAAGUAAUCUUGCGCACAUGAUCAUUCUCUUUAAUCUACUUAAAUCCUUUGAAAAAUUGUUGCUUCAAGGGGAUUUACGCUCUGAAGAACUGUUGGAACUUUUUUCUUCUGGGGAAGAUGGGGAUUCUCUUGUACAUGGGGUGGACCGUGAGAACAUGCAGUUGCUUGAAGUAAAGAGGAGAGAAUGCGUUUCCAUCCUUAGAACUCUGCUUAUAUCCCUUGGUGUUCUCUUUCCGAAUGUCAUGCAUACAGAAUCCAUAGAAAAACUUUGUUUCCAGAUGGCAUCAUUGAUAUUUUGCACUGCUUCCAGCUCCUUUAAGCUCUAUACUACACCAAUGAAGCCACUAAGCCUUUUGGUCAUAGAUGAAGCUGCACAACUAAAGGAAUGUGAGUCAGCGAUACCCUUGCAACUGCCUGGUCUACGGCAUGCUAUUCUUUUUGGGGAUGAGUGCCAAUUGCCAGCUAUGGUUCAGAGUAACUUAUCUAGGGAUGCUGGUUUUGGACGAAGCUUAUUUCAGAGGCUUAGUUUGUUGGGUUGGCCAAAGCACCUGCUAAAUGUGCAAUAUAGAAUGCAUCCUGCAAUUAGUUCAUUUCCUAAUGCAGAAUUCUAUCUUAAGCAAAUUUUGGAUGCCCCCAGUGUCAGUAAUGAGAACUACGAGAGAGAGUAUCUUCCAGCUCUUAUGUAUGGGCCCUAUUCUUUCAUAAACGUAUCCGAGGGGCGGGAGGAAGUUGAUGAUGAUGGACGUAGUCGAAGAAAUAUGGUUGAGGCUGCAGUUGUGGCUAAAAUUCUGCAUAAUCUUUUCAAGACAUGGCGUCACUCCAUUGAAAGGCUUGCUAUUGGUGUAAUAUCACCCUACGCUGCACAAGUUGUGGCCAUUGAGGAAAUGAUAGGGAGAAGGUAUGAAAGCCUCGACAAUUUUAGAGUGAAGGUGAAGUCUGUUGAUGGUUUUCAAGGUGGGGAGGAGGAUAUUAUAAUAAUAUCAACAGUAAGAUCUAAUAAUGCUGGUGAAGUUGGGUUUAUUUCAAGUUCUCAACGUACGAAUGUGGCUCUCACUAGGGCAAGGUACUGUCUUUGGGUACUUGGAAAUGAAAAAACACUCUUUAGAAGUGAUUCAAUUUGGAAAAGAUUAGUUAGCAAUGCUAGGGAGCGUCGUUGUUUCUUCAAUGCUGAUGAAGAUAAGAGCUUGACCGAAGCCAUGAUAGAUAUUAAGAAGGAGCUCAAUCAACUUGAUGACUUGCUUAACAAGGAUAGUAUACUUUUUAGAAGUGCCAGGUGGAAGGUUCUGUUCAGCGAUAAUUUUGUGAAAAGCUUUUCGAAGCUUCCUUCAACCCGGGCAAAGAAGUCGGUAAUGAAUCUGCUGGUGAACCUGUCAAAUGGCUGGCGGCCUAAGAAAGUCAAAGCUGACCCUGUUUGUGAGAGCACUAUACAAAUUGUUAAACAAUACAAAGUUGAAGGUCGCUAUAUUAUUUGCACAAAUGACAUCAUGAAAGACACAGAAUACAUCCAAAUGCUGAAGAUCUGGGAUGUUAUGCCACUGGAAGAUGUAUCAAAGUUGGUUAAACGACUUGAUAGCAUAUAUGGAGCCUACACUGACGAUUUCUUGAGUCACUGCAAAGAGCGUGGUCUUGAGGGGUUGCUAGAGAUCCCAAGGACUUGGAGCAAGUCAAUUGAUAUUGUCAGAUUAAAGAGCAACUAUGCUGGGUCUACAAGUGCUUCUGAUGGUGAUUUGGAUGGCACGAGUUAUGCAGAAAAUGCCAAAGUAAGCGAAAGCUUGUUGUUGAUGAAGUUUUACUCUCUCUCUGCGGGCAUAGUAGGCCAUUUGCUGUCUGAUUCUGAUGGUAAAGCUUUGGACUUGCCCUUUGAAGUAACGGAUGAGGAGUUGCAAAUAAUUCUUCACCAAAAAAGCUCCUUCAUUUUAGGACGAUCUGGUACUGGAAAGACCACUGUGCUAACCAAGAAACUAUAUCAGAAAGAGCAACUGCAUCAUGUAGCUGUUGAACAAAAUAGAGAUGCCAACAUCAUGAAUAUUACCCACACUGAUGGGAAUGCAGAGAGUGAAAAUGUCUUACGCCAGCUUUUUGUGACUGUUAGUCCUAAACUUUGUUAUGCCAUCAAACAACAUGUUUCUCAUCUUAAAAGUUUUGCACGCAAUGAAAGUUCUUCUUUGGCUAAUGGCCCCAUUGAUGCUGAUGGUAUUGAUGACAGUGAGCAGUUUAGUGGUAUCCCAGACUCAUUUGUUGGAGUUCCUCCAAAGUCGUACCCUCUUGUGUUAACCUUUAACAAGUUCUUAUUCAUGCUUGACGGCACAUUGGGUAGUUCAUACUUUGACAGAUUUCACGGUGAACUGAAUCUUUCUCAUGGGAGAACUACUAUUACAUCCCCUGCUUAUGUUAUGAAAAGAAAAGAGGUUAAUUAUGAGAAAUUUUGUACGUUCUACUGGAACCAUUUUAAUUCACAGUUUACCAAGAAGCUUGAUUCCUCCAGAGUUUUUACUGAGAUAAUCUCUGUCAUUAAAGGCGGUCUCCAAACAGGAGAAACUGAUGAUGGUAAACUUAGUCUUGAGGUUUAUCUUCAUUUGUCUGCCCGGGUGUCAACUUUAUCUCGGCAGAAGAGAGAGAUGAUAUAUGAUAUAUUCUUGACUUAUGAGAAGAUGAAAACAGAAAGGAGAGAAUUUGAUUUAUCUGACUUUGUGAAUGAUCUUCAUAGGCGGAUCAAGCGUGAAAGAUAUGGUGGUGAUGUAGUUGAUUUUGUUUAUAUUGAUGAGGUUCAGGACCUGACUAUGAGGCAGAUUGCCCUAUUUAAAUAUAUUUGCAGAAAUGUGGAUGAAGGUUUUGUGUUUUCUGGUGAUACAGCUCAGACAAUUGCAAGAGGGAUUGAUUUCCGGUUUCAAGAUGUCAGAUGUCUGUUCUACAAAGAGUUUUUGAUGAACGAAAGAAAUGAUGGGGAUAAUAGAAGCCAAACGAGAGGACAGAUUUCUCAGAUUUUCCAUUUAAGGCAGAAUUUCCGUACACAUGCUGGUAUACUUAAGUUGGGAGAUAGUGUUAUUAAACUUAUUUAUCAUUUCUUUCCUCAUUCUAUUGACAUCUUGCCCCCUGAAAGUAGUCUUAUAUUUGGAGAAGCUCCAAUCUUGCUUGAGUCUGGAUCAGAUGAGAAUGCUAUUGUUACAAUUUUUGGCAAUGCUGGAAAUAUGGGUGGUGGUAGUCUUGUUGGUUUUGGAGCUGAGCAGGUGAUACUUGUGCGGGAUGACUGUGAUCGGAAAGAAAUAUCAAGCUAUGUAGGGAAACAAGCUCUUGUGCUAACAAUAGUUGAGUGCAAGGGGUUGGAGUUCCAGGAUGUCCUCCUGUACAACUUCUUUGGAUCGUCCCCUCUAAAAAAUCAAUGGAGGGUGAUCUAUGAGUUUAUGCAGGUGCAGAAUCUGCUUGAUUCAAAAUUGCAACAAUCUUUUCCCAAUUUCAAUCCUGCAAAGCACAAUGUAUUGUGCUCUGAGCUGAAGCAGCUAUACGUUGCAAUUACUCGCACUCGACAAAGAUUAUGGAUUUGUGAGAACAAAGAGGACCUUUCAAAACCUAUGUUUGAUUACUGGAAGAAGUUAUGUGUGGUCCAGAUCAGACAGUUGGAUGAUUCGCUUGCACGUGCAAUGCAGGUUGCAAGUAGUCCAGAGGAGUGGAAAGCGCGGGGGAGAAAGUUGCUAGCGGUGGAAAACUAUGAGGUGGCAACAAUGUGCUUUGAAAGAGCUGGUGAUAGGCAUUGGGAAACAUAUGCAAAGGCCGCUGGGCUAAAGGCAUCUGCUGAUCGAACUUUUGACUUGAAUCCUGAAGAAGCCUCCAGCAUUCUCAGACAAGCUGCUGUGCUUUUUGAAAGCAUAAAUGUGUACCAGAAAGCUGCGGAUUGCUUCUACGAGUUGAAAGAAUAUGAUAGAGCAGGUAGAAUAUAUUUUGAGCUAUGUGGGGCUUCAUAUCUUGAAAAAGCUGGUAAAUGUUUCACCCUGGCUGGAUACUAUGAGCGCGCUGCUGAGGUAUUUGCUAAGUGUAAUCUAUUCUCCGAGUGCCUUUUAUCUUGCACUGAAGGGAAGCUGUAUGACUUAGGCCUGCAGUAUAUUCAGUAUUGGAAGCAACAGGAAAUGGGUGGAAAAUUAGUCAUGAUUGAGCAAGUGUUCCUAGAAAAUUGUGCUCUUUCUCUCCACGAGCAGGGUGAUAAGAUAGCGAUGCUAAGAUUUGUUAAGGCCUUUAAUUCAGAGGAGUCCAUGCACUCCUUUCUCAAGAAUUUAGGGUGUCUUGAUGAGCUAAUGGAUUUGGAGGUUGAGUUAGGAAACUUCUUGAAGGCUGCUGAUAUUGCAAGGGAAAGGGCCUUGGCUGGGCAUCAUGAGCGCGCUGCUGAGGUAUUUGCUAAGUGUAAUCUUUUCUCCGAGUGCCUUUCGUCUUGCACAGAAGGGAAGUUGUAUGAUUUAGGUCUACAGUUCAUUCAGUGUUGGAAACAUCAGGAAAAUGGUGGAGAGUUAGACCAGAUUGAACAAGUGUUCCUUGAAAAUUGUGCCAGUUCUCUACACAAGCAGGAUGAUAAGAUAAAGAUGAUGAAUUUUGUAAAGUCCUUUAGUUCGGAAGAGGCAAUGCAAACCUUUCUGAAGAAUUUGGGGUGCCUUGAUGAGCUUCUUGACUUGGAGAUAGAAUUUGGAAACUUCUCAAAGGCUGCUGAUAUUGCAAGGGAAAAGGGGGAAAUUCUACACGAGGCAGAUCUGCUUGAUAAGGCUGAACUUUUCAAGGAAGAAUGUGAACUUCUUUUGUUGUACAUUUACGCCAGUUGUCUCUGGGCUGGUGGUAAAGGUUGGCCCUUAAAAAGCUUCCCUCAGAUGGAGGAGCUGUUACUGAAAGCCAAAGCCUCUGCUCAAAAUAUUCAGCCACGGGAUCUUUAUAGGACUGUUUGUACAGAUAGCUUGAUUUUCUUGAACAGAAAUUAUUCUCUGGCUGAGUUGAAACAGUUGUUGAUCAUCUCUCAAAAUCAUAAAAAUCAAAGAGGGGUGAUAUCGUCAACUAAAAAAAUCCUGGAUUUGAUGCUUCAGGUUGAUUUUUCUAAGUAUGAACGGGAAAGGGACAUCAUGGAAAAUUCUGUCAUGCUGCAUCUGGAAAGGAUUUCCCAAAACAAAGUCUCUGUUGAAACACUAAUUUACUUUUGGAACUCGUGGAAGGAGACUGUUUUGAGAAUACUCAAGUUUCUUGAGAAGGUAGAUGUUAAUGAAACUAGUGGUUCUGCAGAACUUGGUGAAUUCUGUUUAAACUAUCUCGGUGUUCGAAAAUUGUCUUUUGGUAUGAGCACACUAUAUGUUUGUCUGUACCCUGAUGCUGAGUGGAUGAAAGAGGUAGAUAAAACUUUUUUGAAGAAGUUUGGGAAGUUGGUCAGUGUUGAUGUAGAGCACUUGUUUGCUGCUGCGCACAACCAUUGGUCCAUGGAGUUAAUUUCCACUGGCAUGAAAGUGUUGAAUGUUCUUGAAGCACUUUGGAAGAAUACUCGCCAAUUGUCAGAUUUCAGAAAGACCAAGUUAGUUCUCCAUAUUUAUGAAGUUGCAAAGAUGCUAUCCUCCUGUAAACCUGUUAGGCAGAGCCAUCAGGAUUCAAAGUCGCUGCAGAGAUGCGUCAAUGUUUCUGUGGAUGAACACUUUAGGCGUGUUUUUCCUCUAGAUUGGAGAAGAUCAGUGAGCAAUGACAUUAUGUUUUUGAGGGAGACAGAGAUUUCAUUGAAAAUACUAGAAGAAGUAGUUGUAAAUAACACCCAAGGGACACGUAAAUUGACAUUUGGGCAGCUUGGACGUAUGGCCAUGGUGCUUCUUGGAUCACCUAAGGGUAAAAUGGAAUCUGUACAAGUGGUUUUGGGUAGGCUUGGCGAUGAUUCUCCUUGGAAACCAUUUCUUCAGGUUUUCUCUGAGUCUACUCAAGCUCAAGGCCAAGCUCAACUGUCAGAGUCCCUUGCUUGCAAGCUUUAUGUAGCGCUAGUAAAUGUUUUUGAUGCCAACUGGAGGACAGAGAUAGAUUACAUAGCACCAAGCUGUUUCUUAUACCUAGUUGACCGCCUAAUGGUAUCCCUUCUGGAGAUUCAGGGCUACUUAAUGGUAACUAGAUCAUCUGUAGUUGAAUGGUUUAUUCAUCUCGAGUGGAAGGUCAACCACAGGACAAAUUUUGUGCCUGUUGGUGAUAAAUCUAUGUUUUUGAGAGAUACUUACCACUUUCUGGGUAGUUUACUUCAUUGCCUUCUCAUGAACAAACAUGAAACUCUGCAAUGGGUAAAAAGAGUUGGUAAUGAUUCAAGGGAUGACUUUCAUGUGCUGCUACUCAGAUUAGUUGUAUUAAUGUGUGUGCAUCAUUUGAAUUCAAAUAGCAAUGUUCAAGAUCUUGUUGAUGUGCUCAGCAGGAAAGACAUUGCAGAGAAAUUACCAAUCGCAUUCACAAACAUCCUACAAAAUAUCCGGAAAGUUGGCAUCGCUAAUGCUGUUGCUGAAGCGUUUAAUGAAAUAGGGGAUCCCCUGGUUAUUGUAAGAACUGGAAAAGCCCGUUCUAAAGAGUUAUUAUGUAGGGGUGCCAUCUAUCUGGAUAUUGCUGGCCAGAGUAAAGACGACUUGCUGCAAAUCUUGUUCCGAGGUAAGGUGAAUGCUCGUCAAUGUAGAGUUGAUGCCGCUGAUUUAUAUUCAGGCUCUUUCUCCGGUCUCCCUCAAAAGAAGAAUGAAGGAUGUGUAGAGUUUCAAGAUGGGAAUUUCUGGGAAGUUUUUGAUCUGUUGAAGUUGGUUGAAAACAAGAAUGACAGAGGUAGUAAGAGCUUUGUGUCUAAUGUCCCAAACAUUAAGGUUCAGAUUGACAAGACAUAUGACCUGUUGACGACUGCAAUAGCCAUAGCUAUGGAUAAUAAUACAUGCACUCAUGAGUACAAGGAAGAAGGGGAUUGCCUGCUUCUUGAGUUACAGCUGUUAUCGGCAGCCUUAGAUAGCGUGAAGGAUAAUAUGUUGCUGGUCGAAGACAGUGCAAGAAGGCUGUUAUCAGGAAAACCAGUAUUUGAGUACUUCCUGAGUCCACUGAUUCCUCAAAAAGACACGACAACUUCCCCAGAGAAUCUAGAGUCAAGUGUUACAGAAAAGGGAAACGACAUUGAUAGCAAGAAUGACGAGGGGAUUAAGGAUGCCUCUCCAGCUGCUGCUCCUGGAAUGCAGCAAGAGGGCAGUCAAGUUGAUGAGACAAACCAAGGUAAAGGAAAAGAACAAUCGAAACAUGCGAAGAAGAAGCAGAACAAGAACAACAAGAAGAAGAACAAGAAAAAAUAGAUUGUUAUCCUGCAAAAUUGUGAAGUGUUUUUGUAGAUGUCUAUGUCCAUAUAAACCAAUUCUGCUAGGUGUUGAUAUUUAGUGAACUCUAUAUUUUUGAAAGUGGCUGUCCUUUUGACUGACUUUUAACAGCCAUGUAGUCAUGUUGCAUGUGUUCCUGUACUUAAGCAUGACAUUGAUGAUAAGCCAACUUAGUUCCUGGUUGUGGUUUUAUCAUAUCAAUUGGGUUUGAAUUGCAGAUAAGCUCUUGAAAUUGGCCUCGGUCAAUCUUCGCUUGUAUUCAACAUUGUAUUGAAAGGAGUAAUUGACUACUUGCAUGUACAUCAUACUUGUUCUUCUUGAUAAA